GACUACUUCCGGCAACAGGAACUGGGAAGGACAGCUCCUGUUUCUUGAGCCGGAGCACGAGCUGCUGCUGUGGCCCCCCCCCCCCACCAAGGUGGUGAUUCUGCAGCCUGGACCAAGUCUGGAACCGGCUCCAUCUGAUCUGGAUCCAGGGCUUUUGGGGGUGAACCCGGCUCCAUCUGAUCCAGAUCCAGGGCUUUGGGGGGCGCAUUCCACAGAGACAGAGUGCACGUGUUGGUGAUGUCAUGGCGUGUGACGGCGCCUGUGCGGAGCUCCGCCUCCUCCACAGUCCGUGGCUUCCUGUUUACAUCGGCGGAUUCCGCUUCCUGUCCAAGAGCUGGUUCGGGUCGUCCGAGUACCACGUCCUGCUGACGGACAUGAAGUGUGUGUGGGAGGAGAGGAUGGGGACCGCCCACAUCCAGGAGCGAGCUCAGGAGUUAAACCGGCGUUUACGAGCUCCGGUCUCUGCGUUUUUUUCCCAUCUACGCCAAGUGGCCGAGCCGUGUCUGACAGGAAGCAGCGAGCUCCGCCUCCUCCACCCCGAGGCUCAGAUGUCCUUAAGGCGUCAGGAGGGCGGGAACAUCCACCUGAAGCUGAAGAGCGAGCUGGGGGGGCUGCCCUUCCACUGGGAGUUCCACUGCAGCCCCGCACCCGUCACUGUGGUACGCUCCACUGCAGCCCCCGCACCCGUCACUGUGGCCUGUGCUCAGCUGCUGCGCCCCCUGUUCUCAAUCAGUGUUGUGCUGCAGCGGCAGGUGGAACAGCUGGGUUCCCUGUUGGUCCAAAAGGACAAGGAGAUCCAGGACUACAGGGAGAACGGAGCUACACUGAGCAGAG